AUGGAGGCUGAGUUGGCAGUGACUGAAAAGCAGCUGGAAGACUGGGUCAGAGAUGUGAAUGAGUGGGCAGAAACAACAACAAACAACCCAAGGGAUGCUGCUGCCUUGGCCAGCAAGAUCGAAAUGCUGACAGUAAGUGUCAAGAGACGUUCGCAGCGUCUCUACAAAGACACAGACAGCAACAAAGGUCGUUCCCGGAUCCGCCGCAAGAUCAGGGAUGAGAAAGGGGUCCUGACAGCCACAGUUGAGAAAUACAACUCAAUGGUUCCAAGCACAGAAGCGCUGUGCCUCGAAGCCAUUCUGUCUGUGGAGAAAGCUUGGCCAUGGCAGCUACCAAACAGUGACUCUUUCGACCUCAGGACAAAGAGAAGAACAUUCGACCUUGUCAUGGCAGUGAAGAGACUACAGGAGGAGAAGAAGAUUCUCAUCACAGAAAUGAACCACCACUGGAAGAGGGUGUACCAAUCCAUCAUCCCAGCUACCCCCACUGUCACUAGUCAACUGCCUCCGCAACAUCCAAACCUGGAUGUCAACAAACCUACUGAAACUCAACAAAAACAAAACAGAGCUGAUGGUUGUGGCCCCAAAAACACUGCUCCGGAAGUUCUGUUCGGGGUCACCUGCAAAGCCCUGGACAGGCUCCAGUACGUCCAGAACUCUGCAGCCAGGCUCCUCACCCGCACUAAGCCCUGGCAACACAUCACCCCCACCCUCCUCCACCUUCACUGGCUCCCGGUCAAGUCACGCAUCCAGUACAAACUCCUCCUGCUAACCUACACAUCUCUCCACUCCCUAGCCCCUGCAUACAUCUCUGACCUCCUUCAGCCCUACACCCCCUCUCGUCAGCUGCGGUCCUCCGACAAAAAAAAAUGA